CUCUGUCAUAUUUAUUUAUUUCCAUCCAACGUUUUUGGUUUUUCCAUUCCUCUUCCACUUCCAUCUAUCUCCAUACAAGAUCCGAAUUCCGAAAUACGAAAUCUUCUGCUUCUACCUCUGCUUCUGCUUCUGCUUCUGCUUCUGCAUUUGCAUCUACCCGUCACUUUUCUCACAACAACAUCAAAAUCAAUUGGUUUAACAAAAACUAGGAAAUUAAUUCUUGAUUGGAAAAGUGAGACCCAUCUCUUGUACAUCCAUUACUUUUGUUUACUUGUUCAUAAUCAGUCAAAUCAUCCAUCGGAUAACAAUGGCAUCCCCUCCAUCCCCACCAUAGUAAGUUCUAUUCAAUUUCAUUCAUUUAUCACAAGAUACCUUCAACAUUCAAUCUCCAAACUACACAUUCAAUCAAAUACAUCACACAUACACAUACACAUACACACAAACAUACGCAUCACGAAUUUCUACUGUAUGCAUUGGCACAUAUUCAGAAUGCCACGCAACAAAUACACGACCACCGGGUCCAUACCUCCAACACAUCCUUCUCCACGAGAACCAAUUCUACCUUCCAAACCUCACACUCUAACAAAUUCCUCUUCUUCCAGCGAUAAUAUCGAGGAUCCAAUGACGGCUCAGAAAAUGAUGCACGCCAAUUCCAUUCCUGAACCAAGCGAAUCUCCUAAGUCUCAAUUGCAUGAUGCCAUUGAGAGGAUUCAGUCUUUGCAUAAGAGGAGAGCUCAGAUUAAAACUAUUUAUGAGAAUGAGAGACAGUACUUGGAUCAGAGGAGUCAGAAGACGAAGAGUAGUUUUGAGGGCUUGAUUGUUAGUACUGAGGAACAGAUACAAAGUAUUAAUGAGGUAAGCGUCUUGAUGUUUUUUUGGAUAAUGGGUUGAAAGGAGAUGGGAUAGUUGAUGAUUCGUUGGAAUCAAGUUGGGAUAAAAUUGAAGGAUCUCCACUCGAUCCACCGGCGCUAACAUAUUUGAAAAUAGUUCCCAGCAUUCGACAGUCAUCCAGAUUACACCGAGGUUAAUGGAAAGCUACAUUCGGUAGCAUUAGACACGAAAGCUCUAUUUCAAAAUGUGAAUGCUUUGAGCGAGUCAAUAAUCAUGGCAUUGGAUGCUUGGUAUCAAAAAGAGGUUGACAAGUGCGCAUAUGAAAUUAAGCUCGCAGAGAAAGAUUACAAGGUUUGUACACCAUAUUUCUUUUCGCUGCGCCAUAUUCUUCAGAUAAGCAAAACCCAAAGUCAAGUACUGACACUUUCCAGCGCUCUUUCGAUACCUGGCAAGAACUCAUUAAAUCCGGCGACCUUUUUGGCGCCACUGAACCAUUCAAAUCCCCCGCCCCUGUUAGCAACGGUCCCAACUCCUCCCGCUCAUCGCAUCAACUUCGAGAUGGUCCAGAUCCUCACAUGUACGCACCAGGUCCUGCUCAAAAUCCGAAUAAUUUGCAUAAAUCCGAUACCAUUACGUCGCAUAAUAAUGUUCGACCGCAAAGUAGUAGGACUACUAGUAUGGAUAUGAGUGGUGCGAAUGGUAUGAUGGGAGGUAAUAUGAAUGGAGGAGUUAGAGGAAAUGGUAAUGGUAAUGGUAAUGGAAAUGGAAAUGCGAAUGCGAAUGCAAAUGGAGAUAUGAAUUAUCCGCCUAAUUCUAGUGAAAAGAGAUCUGGAGGAAAGAAGAAAACUUUUAGUUGGUUGAGCGGGGGGAGUGGGAAUGGGAAAUAUAUUGAGUGAGGUUAGUAAUGGAUGAUGGGUUUUAAGAAGCGAAGGAUGAAAUUACGGGGAUCGAGGGGGUAAAAAGGUUUGGAUGGAUGGGUGGGUGGAAGGAUGGAUUUGUAAAUGGAUGGCGUUAUGGAAAUACCGUUUUCACAUCGGUAUUGAGAUGAUGAUGAUCAUGAGACUGCUCUUGCGUUUUGCAUAGGAUUGUAUUGUGGAAGGAUGGGUUUGCUGUAUUGAAUGGAUGGUACAUAUGAGCAGAGAUGAGUGGAUGGGUAAGCUCAUUACUUUAUUUCAUCAUGUUCUUUUGUUUUCGAGAUGGAAAUGAUAUGAUGGAAAUGGAUGCAUAGGUAUGUACAGAUUAGGUAUUUAAUUAAUGAUAAAUGAUUGAUAUGAUAUAAUAU